ACACUACUAUAUAACAAAUAAUUUGAGGUGGAUGUAUUUUAAUCCGGACGGAUUUGAAUUCGAAGACGAAGAGCCCGUCGAUUAUGAUAAUGAUGAGACAUUUGGCUCGGGGGCCGUUAAGGACGACGGCUGGGAGGAGAAACACAAGGAAUUAUCCAAGACCAUAGAGUUAGACUCAUCCCGGCUCAUGUACGAUGAUAAUAUCACCUUCGACGAUCCUGCCUUCACGGAGAAGAUCCUUUUUGAUGAGGAGGAGUUUUUAGCUCACUCAGUGUCUGAAAUGGUUCUGGAAGAUGAAGAAGAACAACCCACUACUCCCUCCAAAACUAUUCCCAUUCCGCACAAUCCGGAUAAAACUUUUCCAGAGAGUCCGUACGGUGGUGGGAUAUGGACAGCAGCAACUUCUCCACCUAUAGAGACUUGUAGGUCCCCGUCCAGCUCGUGGCAUGGUGAUAACUCUCCCGGUAAAAUGCUCCUACAAAUGUUAAAAAGUGGAGCUCUUACUCCUCCCAGCACUAAGAACAUUAAAGAAGUAAAGCAACCGUUCAACGCCCAGCAAACCAAAGCAAAACUAUCAGCAAUUCCUGCUCGGCAACGUAGUUCUUCAUACUCUGAAAAUACUAAUUCUCGUGGAGGUGGUCAUGGUGGCGGUGGUCAUGGUGGCGGUGGUGUAGGUCAUGGUGGCGGUGGUCAUGGUGGUGGUGGUGGUGGCGGAGGUAGUGGUGGUGGUAACUAUGGUAACUACGACAGACGAUAUCAACACCAUGGUAACCAGCACGGCUACUACAACAACAACAACAACAACUACAACAACAACAACAAUUACCAUAAUAACUAUCAUCGAGGGAGGGAUCAACAUCAACAUCACGGCGGUUACAGAGACAACAACUACAAUAACUACAACAAUCGAGACAACUACAACGGAUAUCAUAACAACAACGGCAACAACAACCAAAACCGGAGACACCAAGAUAACAACCGAAACCAACGUAACCAUAGGAACGACAAGUUGCCCCAAGAGAUGGACAGCAUCCUGAUGAGCAGUAGUGAGAAGCAGUGGGUCACCAAGAUACAAAUGUUACAGAUUCAAACUGCAAAUCCUUACGAAGAGGACUAUUACUAUCAGAUGUUAUUGUUCAAAAAGCAGCAAAAGGACACGGAUUUCCUAGUCACACCAAAACUCCUCUUUUCGAAUCCAACCAAAAACAGCGACAAAAAGGAGUAUAAACCAAUGGAGUUUGUGAGUACAUUGGGAAAGCUGUCAAUCUCAACAGUGAUGAACCCCAGACAAGUUUUAGACUGUAGCCUCAACGAUCUUCAACCAAUUAUCACGAAUCACCAAAAAGAAGGGAUAGACCCAGGAAGAAAGAAGUACAGUGUUCUCUCCACAAUUGAGCGAAUGUAUGACUACUUGCUGGAGUUGGAGGAUCUGGAGAGGAUGUUGCUGAUAGUUCCUGCAGAGGAGCGUAGUAAGAUUAUUGACGCCAAGAACGAGGUGGCGGACAGAAUGUUCAGUUGUUUCUGCAUCUCUGAUUCCGGGAGUAUAAACGAGGAACUGUUAGUGCACGUGCUGAGCACGAGUAAAGGAAAGAACAUGUUAGCGCGCUCCGUUACACAACUGCGCUCUGAACACGGCCGAGCUAUACUUUAUCACCUCCUGGGAAACAUGGCUACUAUCAUAGCUCACGACAAAAAGCAUCAGCAACUGCCUCAAUUGUGUGAACCACUAGGAUCUGUAAUUCACAGUGGGACUAUUAACAUGAUGCACGUCUGGAUGAAGAGUCUUGUUGAUGGACUCAGUUACUAUGGUGACUUGGGUCACUCCUUAGAAACCGUUUUACGUAAUCCGCUGGGGAUCAGCUUAAUUAACGACAUAAUCCAGCGAGCUGACCACCUGUGCGCAAUGAACCCUUCCAACUUCGAGGUUCAGGCAGAAUGGAUCCGAGUUCUCCAGCAGAUAUACCCGUUCAUGCUGCCUCUCACUACCACGCUGCCCAGCACCAAGGCUCUCACUUAUCUUAAGGAGUCCCUUGCUAAGAAUAGGAACCUUCUUUGGUUGCCUAAAGUGGAGUAAAAUAAAGUAGCUCGCCGCCGGCUAUUUGAUUUACGACAUCUCAGGGCUUCCUCUCUCUGUAUUCCACCUUAGUGAGCAGUCCUGACUGAUCUGGGCCGCUUUUUUAAGUCAUUUGUAAUGCUUGUGGACUGUUUUUACCCACUUGUGUAGAAUUGUCGAAUAUUUGUGAAUUUCGAAUUCUAUUGAAGUGACAUUGCCUUUAUCCUAUGGAGUAUGGAUUUUAGUCAAUUUAAUUAUGGUUUUUGGCGCUCUCUAUUCUGUUUCACGUUUGAACUUGGUCGUUUACGGUUCGUUUUUGUUCGGAAAAUUUGCAUGUAUUUUUUAUUUCGAGGGGAAGGGAGAAAAAGGUUAUACUAAAACCUUGAGUCUAAAUAGAUUUUUAAAAUUGAAACAAAGUAGGGACUUAAGACAUUAAAUUUAAGUAAAUGUAGUUUUGAUGGUUAUGGUGUGUUAUCUUUUAUCUUGGUUCUACAGUGUAGUGAGCUGAGCCUUUUUGCUUUGUGGAUCUCUUUGGUAUGGUGUAAUUUUCAUAUUUGUUUUAAAACUACGUGUUUUGUUUUAAAACUCGUAUUUUGGUGAUUUAAAACGUUUCCUGUAAAUAAAGUUUUUCGCCUCACAAUUUGUACCAAUGUAACCUUUAAAUUUUACUUUUAUUUAAAUUA